UAAACCUCACCACAUUUUGCUGCCGCAGCUGCUGUGGCGAGUCUGGCACGGACUUCCACACUAAUCCGUUUCGCUGUGACAAAUACAAGAAAAAUAAGAAAACAACGGAAUGUUCCCGCUUUCUCUCUCGGCAAGGUCGGUUUCCACGGACGAGUGAAGACACCGCUCAUUUACCAUGAGCUGUUUGGAUCUUAUGUACCCAGCCUAUGGACAUUACGCACAGUACGCAUCGACUGCACCUGCCUUUUUCAACAGCUUACAGGCACCCACAGGUCUGAACAGCACUCCUCUUCACUGCCGGGACUUUAUGGACACUCCCAGGGGUCCCGAGGGGAUGUCUGGGGGCCCGGGCAACGCAGGAUCAGCUUCCUCCUCAUCUUCGUCCAGCUCUACUUCAUCCUCCUACACGCCUGCGGCUUCAAGGCCAGAGGAGGGGAGCAAGGAGAAGCAGGAGGGCCCCGAGGCAGAGUACCUGACUUCCCGCUGCGUCCUCUUCACCUACUACCAGGGAGACAUCAGCAGCGUGGUGGAUGAACACUUCUCCAGGGCCCUGAGCUCCUACAUGGAUGGCGAGGGCAAGCGGAGGGGGCCAGAGCAACAGGGCACAGGGCUGUGUGACAGUAUGAUCCAAUGGGGAAGAUAUCUGGGCCAGAGGGUGUUGCAGUCAUAUACCCCUUCACCCAGCAGCCGACGAAGCUUCCCCCCAUCCUUCUGGGACAGUAACUACUCCUCGCCACAGAGCCGCUCCCACUGUGAGACAGGAGCACCCUCGUAUUCCAUGGACCCAUACGCAUCAGGGUUACACCCGGGCCUGCAUCCGCACGCGCAUCCUCACCCACACGCUCACCCUCACUCCCAUCCUCACCCGGCAGAUAGCUGGGGAUACUCCCAAGCGCAGGCCUACGGGCCACCGAGGCCUCUCCACGAACUUUAUUCCCCCGCGGCUUUGGAGCCUCACUACGGGCCCCUGCUGAUGCCCACGGUGAGGCCACCUCACCUCCAGGCCUUGCCGAGCCACUAUGAAGUGAGCAAGCUGGAACCUGCCGCCACCUGGCCGAGCCUGCUUCCCCCAGGAGACGUCAGCCAGACGCUGGCACUCAACAUGGACGCAGGCCUCCAGCAGCACAAGAAAGGCAAGGAGCUGUACUGGUUCUAACGAGCCCUUCAGUCACAUUGACCAGCCAUUACCAGAUCCAAUUAGUCCCUGGACCUGCUCCGCUAUUGAAGCAGCGUGUCCCUUUAUCCCCCCCUCUCCACCAAACACACACACACAGACACACACACAAAGACACACAGACACACACACACAGACACACACACGCUGCAUCCCCAUCCAUCCAACCCCUUCUCUCUGCUCCUGGCUUCCCCUGCCAGUACACAGCCUUGCUCCAGGUCGGCGUGUGUGCACCAUGGAGAUAAAGCAGAGAGAGAGGGAGAGAGAGAGAGAGAAAGAGAGAGAGAGAGAGAGAGAGAGAGAGAGAGCGAGAGAGAGAGAGAGAGAGAGACACCACAAUCUGUGCCGUUGCUUCCUCUCACUCGUCCCUCCACAGCUUCCCUCUCUCCUGCCGCUGCCGGUGCGGCACAGACCUUGGCCAGCUGCGAGCCACGGUGACCUGUUUGGACUGAGAAAGACAGGAUCACAACAGACUUUUAACAGAGGACAGAGAGAAGUGGGGAUGAAUGAAGGGAGAGGGGGAUAAAUAGCAGGGAGCAGGGGAUCCCUCCAACGUCCCUGGUUAUCUCUGCUCUUUUGUUGGUACAGUGGCCGUCAUCAUCCACUUAUCUGCAUUGGACAAAUGCAACAUGCAGCGAUAAACAGGGCCGGCAAUUAUGGCAGUUUGUGCUUUGUGACUGUCAUCAUGAUGCCUAUUUUUUUUUUUGGGGGGGGGGGGGUUGUUAUAAUAUAUAUUCGCUCUCCGAAAUAAAGUGUUUCUAUUUAUUGGUGUUCAUGUGCAUUUCUAAAAUGUUUGUUUUGGCCAGUGUUCUGAAAUGACUGUGGUUGGGUUUAUUGCGUUUUCUAAAGACCGAGGAGCACGAGCGUCCUGUGUCGUCGACGGAGCUUCUCAUUUAUUUAGAAUGAAGAUUUCUUUAUUUCUCAAAAACAUAUCAGAAAUCUUGGUUCAGUUAAACGAGGAGUUGUUUGCACUGAACGCCUCACAGAUUGUGCUCUUUCAAUUUGAUGAUGUCGUUCCACUUUGGUUCUUGAUCUCUCUGUCAUUCUUAGAUGUUUUGAAUGUGGAAUUUCUAAACAUUUCUGGGAUGUUUUUCUCGUGUGUCAUUUCUCAUUUUUUUGUGUCGGGAGAGGAUCGUGAUGUGAAUAAAUAUUUUUAUGGUA